UGGACGUGAAGGACUGAACCACACAAGGGAAUUGAAGGGGCUGUUCACUGCAAUUGCAUAGGGAUGGCAGCAUCGGCCAGCCGCGAGAGAUGGAGCCUGGCCGGCGCGACGGCGCUGGUCACCGGCGGGAGCAAAGGGAUCGGGCACGCCAUCGUCGAGGAGCUGGCGGCGUUGGGCGCGCGGGUGCACACCUGCUCCCGCAACGCCGCGGAGCUGGAGGAGUGCCGCCGGCGGUGGGCGGAGGACAAGGGCCUGCAGGUCACCGUCUCCGCCUGCGACGUCGCCGUGCGCGCCGACAGGGAGGCGCUCAUGGACACCGUCAAGGACGUCUUCGCCGGCAAGCUCGACAUCCUCGUGAACAACGCGGCGCAGGUGAUCUUGAAGCCGGCGGUGGAGUGCACCGGCGAGGACUACGCACGGAUCAUGGCGACCAACUUGGAGUCGAGCUUCCACCUCAGCCAGCUCGCACACCCGCUUCUCCGCAACGCCACCGUCGCCGGCGGCGGAAGCGUCGUGCACAUCUCCUCCAUGGCAGGCUGCCUCGGUGUUCCAGGGGUCGUGCUUUACAGCAUUGCUAAAGGAGGAAUGAACCAGCUCACAAGGAGCCUGGCUGUUGAGUGGGCCCAGGACAAGAUUCGUGUGAACUGCGUCGCACCAGGGAUGGUCAAGACUGACAUGGUUAUUAAAAACCAGAUAGCAAACUCGGAGGCCAUGGAGCACAGAUGUCAGCGGAUUCCACUGCGUCGCGUCGGGGAGCCGGCGGAGGUGGCGUCGGUGGUGUCGUUCCUGUGUAUGCCGGCGGCCUCCUACGUCACCGGCCAGGUCAUCUACGUCGACGGUGGCCGAACCAUAGGCGCUUGACCUGCUCAUCAACCCCACUCGAUCGAUCGGCACCAUAAUAAGAGUGGGUUUAUAUUAAUUUGUACCAAACUUGAUGUCGUAAUGACUGUAAAUUAAUGAUAUCCUUAUAUUAUCAAAUAUAUAUUCCCUUGGUGUAGGGGAAUUUACGUA